UACUCCCCAACAACAACAGUCACUACUAGCACUACCGCUAUUCUGACCAACCAUUUUAAAUGCGGGGAUUUUCUUUUAACUCGCUGACGCAACAAGAAAAUUGCGAAAAUCUUUUUGAAAAACAAUUUAUUCGAGUACUAGUUUAGUGAUUUUGAAGCACUUUAAAAUAAGUAAAUCGUCCAAACUCGAAUCAACUGUUUCCUUUCAGAUUCACACAAUAUGGCAGAAGUACCGUAUCAAACAAUGCACAACCCAGACCAAGCACCGAAAACGGUUCCCCUGGAUCCGGAGAGCCAGGUGGAAAUCCGUGGCAUGUCAUUUUCCGAGGAAUCCAUCCGAAAGGCCUUCAUCCGAAAAGUGUACCUCAUUCUAACGGUUCAAUUGGCCAUCACCAUGGCGUUCAUUUCGCUGUUCAUGUACCAUAAACCGGCCAGGAUCUGGACCAUGGAAAAUCCAUGGGUCGGUACUAUCGCUUUCGUGACCAUGUUUGUGGUGCUCAUCAUUAUGGCCUGUUGCGGAGAGAUGCGACGGAAAACUCCUCACAAUUUCAUAUUUCUGGCCAUGUUCACUGCGGCUCAAGGGCUGAUGUUGGGAAUCGUGGCCACCGCGUACGAUUCCAAUGAGGUUCUCAAGGCGGUUGGUAUCACAUGUGCCAUUUGUGUCGGCCUGACCCUGUUCUCGUUCCAGACCAAGUGGGAUUUCACUGUCAUGGGAGGUUUCUUGUUUGUGGGUUUGUUGGUGGUAUUCAUUUUCGGAAUCAUAGUAGCGUUCUUCCCGGGAAGUGCGGCAAGCUCGGUUUAUUCCGCCUGUGGAGCGCUACUGUUCUCGUUGUAUUUGAUUUACGAUACGCAGCUUAUGAUUGGAGGAAAUCACAAGUAUUCAAUCAGCCCGGAGGAAUACAUAUUUGCGGCGCUUAAUCUAUAUUUAGAUAUUAUCAAUAUUUUCUUGUUCAUUUUGAGAAGAUAAACAGAUUAAUUUGGCGAUAAUUAUUUGUCACAGUUUUUACUGAUGGAAUGCUAUUCAAAUGGUGAACCCUAAAAAUUUCAAACAAAGGAUUAUUUGCAUUUGAAUUCGGAAACAAAUUUAUUCCCUUGAAUUUAACGGGUGUCCACUAAAUAACGAGAAUGCUUCCAAAGUGCUCUUAAAAAUAUAUGAUCUUCAAAAACGGAAAUCUGAAUAUAUCUAUCAUAAAGGUUUAACACUGUUCUUUCAUGGAAAAAUAUAAAAUUUUAGAAAAUUGAACGUAGUAACUUGUACAGCAUAUUUGUGUAGUGAUGUUGGAGCAACUGCUUUGUACGACUUUUAAAAUUUAACUUUCACGCAUUUUCUGCAUCUGUGAAAUAGUUAGUUGAAAUAAUUGACUUCCAAGCUACCUUUAGCAUCUACACACUCAAACAACAAUAGGAAAAAAAAAAUUGGGGAUACUGACUGGUUUUACUGCUUUGAUGGCAGCCUUUUCUCGUAAAUGACGUUUAUUGAAAUUUCCAAAAAAUGCCAUUUUUCUGUAUCAUAAAAACGUGUCAAUGUAAUUUGUUCACUGCGGUUCAUUGUUGACAUUUUUGUGUGCUAUUUUAUUUUAUAACAAACCAUUUAGGGGUAGGCGGGGCAUAAUGAGCAGGUGGGGCAUAAUGAGCACCUUGUAUUUUCACUGUAAAUCUUCAAAUUAACAAAACAAAUUGCUUGAUUGUAGCUUAAUUAUCUAAAAUCCAAUGAAUUGAUGACAAAACAUUAGUCAAAAAAUCUGUUUACCUUGAAAAAUUAAUCAAAAUGCGUAAAGUGGUCAUGUACUGGGAAAAUAUUAUAAGAAUCAGGUGACCUAAAAUAAGGUUUUGGGAAUCGAAAUCACAACUUACUGGGCAUCUAUCGAUUUUCUUGAUAUUUCAUACGCCAAUGAAAUGUAUUUGUAACACUUUUCAACUAUUUGUAUAAUUAUUUUGUUGAAAAAAUAUGCUUCAAAGAGUUGGUAGUAGGGUGGGGCAAAAUGAGCAACUGGUGAAAAAAUAAUGAAAAUGGUAAACAUCUUCAACAAACGAAUUUUAAUUAUGGUUUUCUUUGUUUUGAUGCAUAUAGUAAGGUUUUGUCUGUAACUUUCAAGUUAUUAGCUUGAAAAUCUCAGUAUCUGUAUAUCAUCACCGUUUAAAAAUUCCUCAAUAGAAGACUCCUUGAAACCUCACAGUUCCCUGCAAAUUAAACCCCGUAAUCCCUUCAAAUUCUCAUUGAUUGUUGACGGUAAGCUUUAUCAUUAGCAAGAAUAGUCAAUUAGCAUUUGAUUGUGUGCAAAACUGGUAUUGAUCAUCCUGCCCCAUCUAGGGUGCUCAUUAUGCCCCACCCUCAAAACGCAACUCGCGAUUUUAUACGUUUUUGAAAACAUAAAAUUUUACAACAUUUAUAACUUUAUUCGGAAUUUCAACGAUUAGCUUUUGUCAGUUAAGGUUCAAAUGAGGAUUGAACGUUAAAAUUACACAUUGGUUGCACUUAAUUUACUGGAUUUAGUGACAAAAUGCUUAAGCUGCUCAUUAUGCCCCGCCUACCCCUACAUGUUGUCCAACGUGUAAAUGUGAUUUGAUGUGAAUAUUUGAUAUUUUACACGGCAUUCUAUUGAUUUAUCCAGCCCAUGACGCAAAAGUACGUUUAAUGAUGUGAAAUGAUUUCAUGCUUAUUGAUUUAGCUAGUUUACAUCUAUUUCCAUCAGGAUCUGUUUCUAGGGAUGCCAGGUUGUAGAGUUCAUUCAAAACUGGACAGAUUUUAGGUUUUCUUUUAACUUUUUUACGGUUUUUUUUAGCAAUCGGUAGAGCCGUCCAAGGCGCUUAACUAGUGCUUCCUGUUUCAAUGUCGUUUUCUACAGAACAGAAUAAGUUGAAACAAAAUAAAAAAUACGCUGACUUUGUGGAUAGAUAGAUGAUUGUUUUGCAUAAAAAAAAAAACUUUUCUCUAUGGGCGCUUGUAUUUUUUUAAUCAGUUGCUAUUUAGUGGACACCCGUUAUUACUAUUUGUGAGUUUUAUGUUACGGACCUAUUUUAUUAAACAAUUUCAAUAAGUAGGAAAUUUCUACUUUCCUACUAAAUCUAUAUAUGGAGUUGUAGAAUAUUUACUUCCUUAAGGUUCCUUGUCCAAAAAAAUUCACUAAUUUACAUAGAUUUGGUAAAAAAUCCUCUAGACACGCAUUCCAGUUUUAAAAAGAUGUGUUUAAAUCCCCAAAUUCCAGAAGACAUCCUUUUGUUAUACAAUCUGUGCGGUUUGCUUUAUUAAUGGUUUCGGUUCGAAGUUAACAUUUCUCGGUUAGCAUCGACGUGAUUAAUCGUGACUUAUGUAAUGAAGGUGAAAUCACAGCAACACUGCGACUUGUAUAGGGGUUGUUCAUAAACCAUGACCAAAGUCUACCCUCCCUACAAAUUUCAAAUUUUUGUAUGAACACAAGUCUACGAGGAGGAGGGAGGUGUCUGAAUUUGGUCUACGUGAUUUAUGAACAAUCCCAUAUGAAUGAUUUUUGAAAGCUCGCAAAUAUUUCAAUGCUUACUGGUAGAACUUGUACGUAGUAAAGAUGAAUGUCAAUUUUAGACACCAUAUUCGAUUAUGUUGUUGAGUUAAAAUCAUGCGAAACUUUUUUGUCAGUGAACUUAAAAACCUUGGUAAAUUUAUUAGGCAUUGUUUUACUGGUUGCAAUGAUACCAAGCAAAUUACUCCAACCAUAAAUUGAUGCCAAGAUUCAACGGAAUAGAGUAACUGAGACUCCACUAAACGUGAACCAUGUUUUCUAUUAACUCAAUAAUGUUUAAGUGAUAUUUAUAAUCGGUAAAAUUGUACAUUCUCAAGUCUCGUGAAUUGGCCUAGACAUCAUUAAAACCUUUGUAAUAUGUAAUCCCUAUUUUAUACCUUACCAAUAACAUUAUUAUUCAAAACAUGGAACUACAUUGAACACUCUUUCAACUUAUCAGAAUCAAGGAAUCGUCUUUUUUAAUUUUCAUAUUGAUUGUUUCAAUAUGCAAAUUAAUAAAGGUUUAUCCAUCUAAUGAGGUUUACUAUCCUUACGUCUAUUGCGUCUCAAACUACAUACACUCUAUCUAGACUAAUCUCAAAUUGAAAGUAAAAUAGAGCUAAACCUGAAGAUAGACGCGAAGUAUACUAACCUCACCCAAGAAAUUUGGACAAUACAAAAGCAUCGAUGUCUUUAAUGUACCCACGCAAUGAAGUCUUGAGAGUAACGGAUAAAUAGUUCCAGAAAAAAAUACAA